GUAAAUUCGUGUUUCCCAGAUCAGAAUACAUGAGUAAAGCGUCCCGAAGCUCUUUCCGCAAAUAUUUCACUUUUUACCUUGAAAAAAACACCAAGCCAGCUCUAGAUAUUUAAAAAAAAUUGCAAUUAAAUUGUUGAACUUUGUCCAUAGAUUCUGAUACAAUAUCAUAAUGUAUGUUGAUCUCAGGAUUCCAAAUCUGCACGCCAAAUAUCUCUAUCUAUAAAAUCGACCGAGUUAUCACCAACUUAUCGCUCCGAAACGUGCAAAAUUAAAGAUAGCUCGAUGGAAUUUAUUAAUAACUUAAUUUAAUCGACGUGCAUUCGUAUUCCUUAUGUGAAAAUAUAUGGACCAAGCGUCCUGAAAUUAAUUUUGUAAAUACCUAAGUUCUUACCCUCAACAAACGCCAAGCCUAUAUCGUUAGAUUUCUCGCAAAAUUUAGACCGAAACACAACAAUUUUUUUCAUAGAGUAUUCUAUAGUAUUCUUAUGUAUUUUGAUUUCAGGAAUCUAAAUCUGAAAACCAAAUUGACCCAUCUGUAAUGUUGUGCGAGUUAUCACCAACUCAUCAUGCGGUAAAGCGAAACAUCAAGGAUAUCGGAAAACAUUCGCUCCAAUUAUCGAAACAAUAUUCAAUUUUUGGUUUCUAGAAAUCGCAAAAAUUUGAGACUAUUCUAUUCUUAUUGAUGACUUUCGAUUUUUGGUCAAGAAUAAUGAAAAGCCUAUGAUAGGACGAUAUGUCGAAGCAUUGCAGAUCUGCACAGAUCCAUCGACACACAGCGGUUCAAUGUAUGUAGUCGAUAAAGUAAACACGUUACGGCAUCAAAUGCUGUGUGUCAAAACGCUGUCAAAAUAAAAUAUAAUUCAUUCAUAAAAUAACCUGAAAAUUAAUUUCCGUUCAAAAUGACAGAAAAUUGUUUCACGUCUUUGGCAUCUCAUGCACGCAAUUUAGAUUCCGGUCUUCAGGAAUUGUCAGAAAUGUGGCGAAACCCUCUCAAGAUAAUGGGAGGUUAUGGUGCAAACCCGAAACAGGCUGACGAGGAUCUACAGCUUAUCAAAGCUAAAAUUGAAAAGCUAAAGAAUACCAUCCUGGAUGAUACAGCACUGAGAGCAGAACAUAUAGCUGAAAUGGGUGAAUUUUUGCAAGAAUCUCAAGAGAUGUACAAUAAUCUGGAUCAAUCAUGUAAAGAUAUUAAAACAAUUUUAUCCGAAUUUGGGUAUAACAACCCAGAAGAUUCAGAUCGGGAGGAUUCUGUGAUCAAGUCAGAAACAGAAUACAAUGCAGACUCUAGCCUGAUUGCAUCCGACGUUACUGACGAUCGCAUACAAGUUGAAUUCACUCCAGAUAUGGGCUGGCGACAAAAACCAAGAAUAACAUUAUCUUAAGAAAACUAAUGUACUUCAUACUCUACCUUUGUAAAUACAAUUUCAUGUUGUGGAAGGUCA